CAUUCCGAAAGUAACUGAAACUAAUGCUGAAAUGUAUUCUACUUCAUUAAAGCUUAUAAAUUUUAGUUUUACAUAUUACUUUGUUUAAGGAGAAUUGACAACAAAAUUGAUAGAUAGAUAUUGUAAAAAAGAUUAUGAAUUUUAUCUAAAAAAAAUACUUUCAAGGGAAUAAUUGAAAAAAGGUGUAAAAUAUAAAAUAUAUUAUCUGGAAAAGAGGCACUAUUGCACAAAAAGUCUUAGAAAAGCUUACAAAAUGGAAUGUAGAUCAGUGUCACCGGAAAUGAAUUGUCACAAUGACGUCACAAACAGUACAAUGCCUCCAGAGCUGAAUCCUGAAAUGGAGUAUAAAAUUCUUCAUUCAAUUGAUGCCAAAGUAUUUGAAAUUCUAAUACCAUCAUUUAUCAUAGUGCUUCUUGCAAUUUUAAUCGGCAUCCCCGGGAACAUUAUUACCGUCAUUGUUUACAAAAGCAAGAUGAGACGGACUGCGUCAAGGAUCUUCAUUCUUGCCCUUGCUAUUUGCGACCUAUUUAACUGCGUUGUCACAAUGCCCGCAGAGAUCAGCAUCAUUCUCAACUAUCUUACAUAUGAUCAUCCCAUCAUAUGCAGUAUCGGUAGAGCAUUGACAUAUAUUCUUAAUGGGGUCUCCGCAUUGCUGCUUUGUGGAAUAGCCGUGGACCGAUUUAGAAAGAUUUGUCGCCCUUUGAAGCCAGUAUUUACACCAAAGAAGACACGCUUUAUAUGUUUUGCUGCGGCUGCAUUAGGUAUAGCAUUCUAUAUACCGGCUUUCAUACUUUAUGGCACACAAACUGUGAUGAAGGAAUACAAAUAUGGUGAUGUGUAUUACAAUUUGACUGGGCAUACGUGUCAGAUUAGUGAUCGGUACAAAGACUCUGCACUUCAGAAAUAUAUUUUAGGCAUCUGGUUUUUGGCCACAAUAACUAUCAUGCUUAUUUUGAUAGUAGUGUAUGUUCGCAUUGGCAAGGCUGUUUACAAACGACUUAAACUUGAAGAAAAGAGACAUUACUCUGUAUCGACAGCAAACAUACCGGCCAGACGUAAGAAAGUUCUAAUAGAUCAUUCCUCUGAAACCAGCUGCUCCUUCGAAGAUGUUCUUGAAGCAGAGCGAACAGAACAGCCAAAAGUUCUUAAAUCAAUGUCCAUGCCACUUCGUCAUAAAAUUGGCCAGGGACUGAAAAAACAAUUUCGAUUAUCUGCACCUACCGUGUAUUCUCUAAAAAGGGAGACAGUCUCGCACCGUAUCCGUGCGGGAAGGACAACAAUGAUGUUGUUUUCUGUAACUAUUGCGUAUGUCCUCAGUUUUAUUCCAUUUGUGGCGAUAGUUUCGAUACGUACGGUAAAACCUGGGCUGUAUGAUGAUUUACCUGGCGCACAAAAGGCUGUUUGGAAUCUCUUCCUUCGAUCCUACGUUAUAAACUGUGCCGUAAAUCCCAUUCUGUAUGGAUUCUUUAACAAAGACUUUCGUAAAAAGAUGAUUGGUCUGUUUACAGACUGCUGUUAACCGGAAGUGAAAAAUUAUGAAACUUGGGAAGAAAAACGCAAUGACAAUGGGGUCCACUGAAGAAGAUGAAGUAGUCUGAAACACAUGGAAGUUGUAUAACGCAAAACAAAAUAUUCUUGACGAGACUUUUGAACAAUUCAAUAAAAAUGCCAAUUUUCACGAUUUUACUGCAGAAUAAAAAACAUGUUGUUUUUUUUUAAACUGUCCUGUCUUGAUAUCUUAUUGUAUGCUUAUUAAACAUGAUCUUUCAAUAUGUAUUUCAAGAGAUAUUUAAUGAAGUUGUACUAAAUCUUCAUUGUAUAAUUGUAGGUCAUUCUAUUAUACCACAGACAUGCCUUUUUCAUUUCUCAAAAUCUUUUUAUUUCCGGUGUUCAAAAACAUACUGGUUGAUCUCUGAGCUGAACCAUUUAUAUACUUUUCGCUUAUGUUGCUUUUUUUGCAAUUUGUACAGUUAUAUGGUGAUUUAGUACUUAUCCAUUUUGUAUGGAAGUUCAAAUAAUAUUUGUUAACAUUUUAACGCUUAUAAAUAUGAUAUAUAAUUUUACAUUCAGUGCCACUUUCUCCAGGUGAUUAGCAUUUAGCAUGCGCUAAACCAUUAUUUAAACGUUAUAUUAAUAAUUUUUUGCUGUUACUGAAGAAGGACAUUCCUAAAUGGGCCUUUAAAUAACGUUUGAUCAACAAUAUAUGUUGUUUUUGUGGUUUUUUUU